GGGGGAGGGGGCAGGACGCCACAUCGGAAGGGGGUGCGGGAGCCAGGAGGCAAGACACUCAUCCCAGGCCCUCUCCGCGUGUUCUCGCCAUCAAGAAGACCAACCAGCGCAAACUCAACGCCCAGCGGGCCCACGCCACACUCUCGCCCAGAGGCGCUGGGCCCAAACCCGGAGGCCCAGUAGGUGCCUCCGGAGGAGCCCUGAGGACGCCAUGCUAAAAGCCAAAAUGGCUGCCCCAAGGAUGCCCGCAGCGCGCCGCCUGUGAGGAGGGUGCCGGCCGCUGCGGGAGCGGGGGAGGGGGCGCCGGGAGCGCCGUCACCGCUCGCCAGCCCGAGCCGCUCAGGUUCUAGCUACAGACAUCCCUUGCCAUAACUUUUAUAUGAUAUUUGGAAAGGAACUGGCCAAAGGCGAAAAAAUGAUAAAGUUUUUCCUUAUGGUGAACAAGCAAGGGCAGACCCGACUGUCUAAGUACUAUGAGCAUGUAGACAUUAAUAAACGUGCACUUCUGGAAACCGAGGUCAGCAAGAGCUGUCUGUCACGAUCCAGUGAACAAUGCUCAUUCAUUGAAUACAAGGACUUUAAACUGAUCUACCGGCAAUACGCAGCUCUCUUUGUUGUGGUUGGAGUUAAUGACACUGAGAAUGAGAUGGCUAUCUAUGAAUUCAUACAUAAUUUUGUGGAAGUUUUAGAUGAGUACUUCAGCAGAGUGAGUGAACUAGAUAUACUAUUUAACUUGGAUAAAGUGCACAUCAUUUUGGAUGAGAUGGUGUUAAACGGCUGCAUUGUGGAGACUAACAGGGCGAGAAUCCUCGCCCCUCUGCUGCUUCUGGACAAGACGUCGGAAAGCUGACGACGACUAAGGGGGCACGAGUGAAGAGAAGGCCAAGGCAGACGUCACUGCCAACAGCAGCCUUCCGAGAACCGUCUCUAGCUAUCACCCUUAGUUCCCAAAGGGAAAGCAGUCCAUGUGUACAAGCAAAAUUUUUCUCUUCACAGAGCCACAGUUUUACUUGGUAACUAUAAGCUUGCUUUUCCUUCUGCAGGAACAGCGGGGUCACAGUGUGAAGAACGUGUGGCAGUUGUCUAUCAGCCAAUAAACUUGACACUGACCUGACCAUGUGA